GCUGGCCUGGUCUGCAUGCACUGCUGAAAGAGGCCACGCUGGGUCCUGGGCUGGGUCCUGGGUCCAGGUCUCCGCCACUCUGCACCUUCACAUUUCUCGGGAUCCUUUGCGUACCCUCUUUUCCUCUGUGACACUUACAGCGUGCUCCUGGGGCACCUCUCCUCUGAUGCUGUUCUGAGUGUGGCCAUGCAGCUUCCCUGUCCUGUGUCCUAGAGUUGAGCAUGCACCCUCCUGUUGCUCGGCUGGCUGCUCUGUGCCCACCCCACUGGCCCUAUCUCCAGUCCCUGUCCUGUGGCUGUGCUGCGCCUGCCCAACACUGCUCUGGCUCCUGUGCUUUUCUCACAGACCCCAGGCCCCGGCUGGCCAGUGAGCGCGCACUGGGUGGAUGCUCUGCACUGAGCCACACCGGCUGCUGGGUGGCCGCUCCUGAGUUGACACUGGCUCCCAGCCCACCUUGCACUGCAUGCACACUGUGGGAUUCUGCCCCCACCUGGCAGGGCACCAGGAAUGAGGAAUCAGAGUUGCCCCGGGCAGCCUGACACCUCUCCAGGCACCCAGGGGAAUACAAUCAGCCCUCAGAGUGGCAUUCUAUUCUGUGACAUGUAUUUGCACCUAUAGAUGGCGGGGCCAACACCUAAGGGCUUCUUUCUGUUACCCAGAGGUGCACACGGAAACCACUGAGCCAGUGUGUGGUGUGCUUUCCACUGCCCCGUUCAGGGCAGGCUGUGUCUGCACCGUCCUGGAUGCCGAGGAGCUGCAGGGAUCAGAGGCCUUGCCAUCCCCUUUGGGCGUCCAGGGGCUGCUCAAAGGCUGUUUUUUGGUGGGAACUUUGCUUGGGAGAACAAGGUCCCAAUGCCUUUGCUUGCUCCAGGUGGGGGGAGGCUGUGUGUGGGAAGCCUGCUCCCCUCAUGGGCAGCUGAGACCUGCAGCUCCUGCCGGGAGGCAGGGUGGGCAUGCAGCUUGCGCCAACCCACGAGAGCAGAGCAUCGGGGUUCUGGUGCGCCUGCAUGUUCCGUGAUGGCGUUUUUCUCAGUUGCUGAUUCUGCUCAUCCCCGACUCCUGGCCCUCCCCCAAGCCCCCACGUGUCUGGCUCCGAGCAGAGCAUUCUGAGGUGCAGACCGUCUCAGAGGAGGGCCUGGCGCUGCUGAGCAGGAGGCUCUUCGGGCCCGAGGGAGGGCAGGGUGAGCCUGGCCUGGCUUCUCCCCUGGCCCACUGCGUCCGUCAUUCACUUGGGGGAGGGGGAGCGGUGCCUUAUCCUGGGGUGUCCAUGGCAGCUUGGUCCCCAAGGCACGUGGGGUAAUGAACAGGGUCGGGCCGCAGAACAGUGAGGCUGUCUGCCAUUAUGUGGGUGCGUGAGAUGCUGUGGCCUGUGGAGCCCGGAAAGGAGAGCGGGUGUGCGCUCUGUCUCCCUUGCUCUCUUCUUUCUUGCAGUACUAGCUAUGAACCCAGAGAUUUUUGCAUUGAGGUACAUCCCCAGCCCUUUCUACGUUUUUAUUUUGAGACAGGGUCUCACUAAGUCAGUUGCCCAGGCUGGGCCUGAACUUGCGAUCCUCCGACUCAGCUUCUUGAGUGCUGGGAUCACAAGUGUGCACCACCAAGCCUGGCUGAAAGCAGAUGUUCUCGGCACACACUGUUCGCUUCACAUGCAGUCAGUGUCCCCCGGAUACAGCUGCGGCUCCACAGGGUCCUGCUCCCUCCAGUGGAAUGACCUGAAGUGCCUGAGACCCCCGGGGUCACAGUGGACUCCAUACCCUGCAGGCUGCCUGAGACCCCUGGCCUCCUCCAACGGCUACGUGAACAUCUCCGAAUUCCAGACCUCCUUCCCCGUGGGGACUGUGAUUGCCUACCGCUGCUUCCCGGGGUUCAAGCUCGAGGGGUCUGAGUUCCUCGAGUGCCUGCACAGCCUCAUCUGGUCGUCCAGCCCGCCCCGGUGCCUUGCUCUGGAAGUUUGCCCACUGCCUCCCACGGUGAGUCACGGCGACUUCAUCUGCCACCCGCGGCCUUGCGAGCACUACAACCACGGCACGGUGGUGGAGUUCUACUGCGACCCUGGCUACAGCCUCACCAGCGACUACAAGUACAUCACCUGCCAGUACGGGGAGUGGUUUCCCUCCUACCAGGUCUACUGCCUCCAGUCCGAGCACACCUGGCCUGGCACACACGAGACCCUCCUGACCACCUGGAAGAUUGUGGCAUUCACGGCCACCAGUGUCCUGCUGGUGCUGCUGCUCGUCAUCCUGGCCAGGAUGUUCCAGACCAAGUUCAAGGCCAGCUUCCCACCCAGGGGCCCCCCCAGGAGCUCCAGCAGCGACCCCGACUUCGUGGUGGUGGACGGCGUCCCCGUCCUGCUGCCGUCCUAUGACGAGGCUGUGAGCGGAGGUGCGAGUGCCUUAGGCCCCGGGCUCCUGGCUGCUGUGGGGCGGGGCUGCCUGGUGCCCGUGGAUGACCAGAGCCCCCCCGCCUACCCCGGGGAUGAGGACAUGGGCACAGGGGCCUCCUGGGAGACCUGCAGCAGCGCCUCGGGCUCCUCCGAGCUGCUCCAGAGUCUGUACCCACCUCCCCCGAGUCAGACGCGUGCCUGCCCCACCCCCGAGGACCCCGACCCAGUGGCCAGCACCCUGGACGUGGCAUCCACCAGCCCAGGCAUUGACAUUGCGGACGAGAUCCCUCUGAUGGAAGAAGGCCCCUAGGGCUGGAAGCGAUGACGCCACUGCCCCUCUGGGGAGGGAUCUGGAUCCACACAGCGAGGCAGAAGGACAGAGCCGGGCCCGGGUGCUGUCUAAUUCACCAUCAGUGGGCCACAACUUCUGUGGCCGAUCGGGAACUCAGUGUGGCGGACUUGCUGCCCAGCCAGCGCUGUUAAACAAGAGUCGAGGGGUGCCAGGACCAGGGAGGGGGGCACGGAAGACCAGGCCCCUGGCCGCUGAGGAAAGCGUGAAGCGUGCCUGCUGCACAGACGCCCGCAACGCUCAUCCUGCUGACUGGAGAACCCCUGAAACAUGUCACGCUCACAUGGUGUAAAUUUGCUGGUUCACAUCCGCCGCUCCUGCCCCGGGAGGGCUCGGCCUCUGGAGCACCCACAUCAUGCUGCGGGAGAGGGGCAGGGCACCCGCGCCCUCUGCUACGGACCGGGCUGUCCUCCUCCCUGAUGCCUCUGCCCCUUGCCCUGCAGGGGCAGGAAUUCUGGAGACCCCGUUUGUACCUCUGCGCUCCUGUGCUCCUGGGCUCCGGUGUGGCAGGUCCCUGGCGCCUUCUGGUGGAGGAGGACAUGACCAAGGUGCUGUGUGGCUCCCCUCCGCAACAGUCAACCUGAGUCUGAGCUGCUCUGCGGUCUCUCCUGUGCCUGCUCCAAGGCCUAACUGUACUUUAUUUUCCCAAACAGAAAUUGUUUCUGUACACAUAUUCUGCCUCCAAAGAAAGUGUGAAGCUGAGUUCUUUCUCCUUCUUUGCUUGGUCCUGCAGAGGCGGCCCAAGACUGUCCCCUCCUGCUUCCGGGCCCCGCCUCUCCUGCAGGUCACCGCCUGCCCUGCCGGGAGAGGGCCCAGCACCCAAGGGAGGAUUAAAACCCGAGUCUCGAGCCUGGAGACUCCUCCAGCGCGCACUGCUCUGAGGAGCUGAUCCUUUCCUCCUCUGGGCUUUAGACGAAUACACAAAGCUCCAAUCUGCACCAUCACUGAGCUGCUCACGCAACAAGGCUGGGAGCUCGAUCGAGUCUUAUUUUUUCUUGGCAUAAACAGAUUAAAAAUGAAAAAGAAAA